CAUGGUCGCCAUACAGCUGUCAUUUUUGAGAACACGAUUGGUCGUCACGGAAUUUUACGGCGAAUUUCAUCCUUGUGUGGUGAACAAGAACAUUCGCAUUUAAUUUAUCUAAUAAUCACUUACAAAUUACCGAUUGCUAAACAAAAUUAAAAGUUAUCAUAAAUGUAAUUGUGUUCAAUACGUCCUUGAAGUCUUGUCUACCAGUAGACCUAUUUUCACACUGCGAUUCAAUAGAAUACAGUUGCUGUUGUAAUGGAAACUAAUUUCGGCGCAGCGACGAGACGGAGACAAUCAGCUGUCGAAGGUUACAAAUGAAAUCUUAGAAGCAGGUGCGUAGUGUUUAUCAGUUCAGUGAGGGGACACAGUUGAUCGCUGAUCGACAGGUUUUAUGUGCGUGUGACGGUGACAUGAGCACAAACAACAAACGGCGUGGAGCUAGCGGUUCCAGUUGUCCUGUGUCUGGAGUACCAGCUCUCGUGAACGUGCCCACCGCUAUGUCGGCCGACCUAGCCUCGCUGUUCGAGUGCCCAGUGUGCUUCGACUAUGUCCUGCCGCCGAUACUGCAGUGCCAGAGCGGGCACCUGGUGUGCUCCAGCUGCCGGCCCAAGCUGUCCUGCUGCCCGACGUGCCGCGGCCCGCUUGGCAACAUACGGAACCUCGCCAUGGAGAAAGUCGCCAGCAACGUCAUGUUCCCCUGCAAACACUCUAACACAGGCUGCACAGUCACUCUUGUGCACACUGAAAAAGCAGAACAUGAGGAAGCUUGUGAAUUCAGGCCAUACUCCUGCCCUUGUCCCGGAGCGUCCUGCAAAUGGCAGGGAGGACUAGAUCAAGUCAUGCCGCACCUUAUGAUGUCUCACAAAAGCAUUACCACACUACAAGGCGAAGACAUAGUGUUUUUAGCUACAGAUAUCAAUCUUCCGGGAGCUGUUGAUUGGGUGAUGAUGCAGUCUUGUUUCAACCAUCAUUUCAUGUUAGUUCUUGAAAAGCAAGAGAAGUUUGAUGGUCAUCAGCAAUUCUUUGCUAUUGUCCAACUUAUAGGAUCUCGUAAAGAAGCAGAGAACUUUGCGUAUCGUUUGGAGCUCAAUGGUCAUCGUCGGCGCCUCACGUGGGAAGCUAUGCCGCGAUCUAUUCAUGAAGGAGUAUCUUCAGCGAUAAUGAAUUCAGACUGUCUCGUGUUUGACACAUCCCUUGCACAACUGUUUGCUGACAAUGGGAACCUUGGAAUCAAUGUCACAAUAUCUAUUGCCUAAUAUCCACCAUGUCGUUAUAGUUGGUACCAACCACUGGGACAUUUGUUGACAAACUAAAAAAAUAAUCUAAUUAUAAUAUUGUGUCAAUGUAAUGUCCCCUCAUAAUUUUUUGUAAUAGAUGAAAAUAAUAUAACUCGAAUAUUACAUAAAUACCUUAUGUGUAAACAUGAAAUCAUAUUUUGUUACAGUUUGGGAAUACAAUUAAUUUUGACUUGACAUGUUUUGUAUUAAUUAAUCUGCAGUAAUGUAAGCCAAAAAUAUUAUAAUUUCUUUGAUUGUUUGUAUGUACAUGUGUGUUCAUCUUUAGGGUUAAGUAGAGAAAGUUUAAAUUCUUCCAGUGCGCUUCGUCACUAUGGAAUGGAAUGCCUUGUAAACAUAGUUUAUAAAACAAAUUAUGACCUCUCGGAAGAGAAAGUGAUUAUUUUAUUCCAAACAAUGAACAAAUUUUGUACUAACAUUAAUCAUUUGUAUAUAAAUGCAUGAAAAUUAUCUACACUUAAGGAAUUUUAAGCAAUUUUGUGAUGUUGCUUUGUUACAAGAAUACUAGUGUGCUGGCAUUGCCGGACUUAACGGACAUGAUGCUGUAGUACAAAUUGUGAUGGUUCAAGUUGUGUGGAUAUGUUGCUGAAUAUUCGUCACACUUGUGCUGCCUGGUCUUACACACUCAAGUUCUUCUAGAUGUUAACUUGAGCCCAGCACUUUAUCUUCAAAUUAGUGGGAACAGUGCUGUAAUAUAAAAUUCAGAACCGUCAUUUGGGCCUUUUUCCACCAAGAACAAGGGCACACAGAAUAAACUGCUAUUAUAGGAGAAAUUGCAUUAUUUAUUGAUGUGAACAUCAUAAUACUUUAUAUGUAUAUUUCAUCUGCAGUGUGUACAGCUCUUCAAUAUUUCUUCUGGAUAUUACUGAAGCCUCUCAAAGGCAUAAUGUCAGUGAUCAAAUAAUGAAUAUACCUAUAUAAUAUAUGUUUAUUCCAUGUUUUUAUUAAAGCUGUUACAACCAUGUCUAUAACAGACCACUAACUAUGUUUUGGAGCAACAGCUCAAUGUACAUAAGUUAACCAGUUUCUUUGUGUCAAUAUGACUGAAUUAUUUAUUAGUUGUGUUAGGCUUCAUCUUAUUUAUACCUAUAUGUUACUUAAUUCUAGUUAUAAUUAUGUAAUUUUCUUCUAUAAACCCUGUUUCCACUGCGGAGGCGUGUUUAAAUUGUUUUAAAAGUGUACUAUACCUUAUGAAUAUGAUAUGAUAAAGCUGGUUAAAUUUAUGAAAUUGCUAGAAAUAAAUUUUUGUAAUGUAA